CCGCCCACUCUACCAGGACCCGCUUCCCGGCGGCGCGCGGAUCAGCCUCGCGGUGGCUCAUGAUGCGGCUCAGUAACCUCCCGAGGCGCUUGGGCAGCGGCCGCAGCAUCCCCCUCUUUCCCCCGGCCGAGUGGGCGCCGCUGAGACCUCGGGGCACAAGCAGCCCUUAGCAGCAGCAGCCUCUCCGCUUCUAAAGCGUCACGGCCACUGCGACCAAUCACAAAGACCGGCCCCUACCACGUGGCAGUGCCAUCUUGUUUGCGGGCAGAAGGGAUUCACACCACGUGGUUUGAUGGGCGAUGCCAUUUUGAUUAUGGUGCAGGAAGGGCGCAGGCCACGUGCUCUGCAGACGCGCCCAUCUUCCUUGUGGGCGGAAGUGCUCAGCCUCUGUAAGCCGGCUGCCCUUGGUUUCCUUUAUGAGGACCCUUUCGUUUAAUCUUUGCUGGUCCCUUGAUCAGAGUGGAAGAGCUGGUGACUUAUGUAACGCACCAAGGGUCUUCGACUGCUUGCUUGUUGGCAGAGUUACCAGGCACAGGAUCAUGCCUGCAGGCUGCCUCAAAGCUGGCAGGUCAGACCAACCCCCCUGUCUGUCCCAUGAUGUAAUCAGCUUUCAUGCAUUUGUAGCUGAUGAGGGCCGUGUAUCACAAUAUCCGUCACGCUGCAUGGUACUAGUACUGGACAAGGAUGCCUCCGAAAAGUCUCCCACAGUUGACGUUUGGGCAAGAAAAAAAGUUCCAUCACUGCUAUGGGAUGAACAUCACGUUGUAAUGAUCCACAUUGUGGGAUUCCCCUUCUCACAUUAUUUUACCCAUUUGAAUCACAGAUGUAAAUGGCAGCUUUAAACCCAGGUCCACGUGGCUGUUGAACAUACAGAGGAGCUGGAAUCUAAGAGUCAGGACUGCUGGGUUCUAUUGUUUUGGGUAGAGAACAUGGGUGACUGCAAAAGUCUGGUCUGCUCCAGUGGAAAACAAGUGCCCACAAGCCCAUGGUGAAUCAGUGGCAGAGCUGGAAAUGGAACCCAGGAGUUCUGACCCCUCAUCAGACAAGCCCACCUGCUCUGGGGCAGGGUCACCGCCUCUUCCUUCCCAGCUGGCUGCAGUUUGAUGGGAUACCAGGAUUUUGCCCAUCACCCAGGCCGGGCUCACAGGGUGCCAUGCGAGCGCAGGAGGGAUCCCACCCUGGCCACAGAACCUUCUCACUCUGGGCCCACCUCCUCGGCCCCCAGCUGCCUGGAUACCGCCUGCCUAGCAACGAGGGACACGACCACUGGGAUGGAGGCCAAGGCCCCGCAGGAGGAGCCUGGGCAGAGCAAAGACUGGAGAUGAAGACAGAGACUAAAGGACUGUUCCCGACUGCUGUGUCCAAAGAGAAUCUGCGGGAGAGAUCCCCGCGACAGAUCUUUGGGUCCAGCCAGACUUUGCGAGACCUCAAGGACCCCAGCGGAGUGAAGUCCCCGACAGCGAUUGUGCAGAACAGGAUACAGGAGCACUGUCAGAGAGGGAAGGAGUUCUUCUCCCAAGGCGAGUGGGAGAAGGCUGUCAUUUGUUAUUCCAAAGCCAUUAACCUGAACCCCCAGCAGGUGGAGUUCUAUGUACAGAAGGCAGAAGCCUUUCUCCAGCUCUGUGAUUUCCAGUCUGCUGUGCUGAACCUCAGAAAGGCGUAUUCCUUAUCCUCUGCAAAGGAAGAAUACGUAGAGCGCAUGGCCUUCAUUAUUUACCUGCAGGGCCAAUGUCUGUUUGACCAAGAGGUCUAUUGCGAUGCUUUGGAGUCCUUCACUCGAGCCUCAGAGCUGCAGCCUGACAACUCACUCUAUCGCAGGAGGAGCAUUGCCUGUCUCGCAGCCCUGAACAGAUACCAGGACUGUUUUCGGCUCGUCAAUGAAGAGCUAGAUCAAGACUCAAAGAACCCAGAUCUGUACAUCCUGAGAGCCAAGCUGCAUGAGCACUUCAGUCGGGCUACCCUGUGUUACCAGGACGUCCAGGAGGCCAUUGCGCUGGAGCCGCGGCACGAAGAAGCUCAGCUUCUAAUGCAGAGGCUGCUGAAACGAGCACAGAAAGCCAAGAACCAGGCUCUGAAUAAGGCCUUGAAGGGAAACUUGAAGGAUGCCCUGCUCAAAAUCACCUUUGCCAUCGAGAACAGCCCCUUUGAUGCAGGGUACUUCAUCUUCAGAGGGACUCUACACAGAAGGGUCAAAGACUUCAACUCAGCCAUUGAUGAUUACAUCAAGGCCACAGAGCUCUGCGAAGAAGAGGGAGCUGUGGCCAUGGAGGCGCAACGGCAGCUCCUGCUCACGUACAACGACUUUGCAGUGCACUGCUAUACUCAGGGCUUCUUCGAAGAGGCUGUGCUGCUCCUCAACAAAGCCCUGAAAGGGGAGAAGAACGAGAAGGGACUCUAUGUCAACAGAGGAGACUGCCUCUUCAGGCUGGGAGAGCUAACCUUUGCCUUGGCGGAUUAUCAGCAGGCGCUGGAAUUGAGUCCAAUGGACUUUAGUUUGCGAAGACGCGUUGGUAUGUUGCUGGAUGAACUAGGAUUGCAGGCGCACAAGCAGAGAAAGUACCAGCGGGCAGUACACUGUUUCUCUGGUGCUAUUGAGAGCAACCCUCGCCUGCCACACUAUUAUCUGCACCGGGCCAAGAGCCGCCUGUUCCUGCAGGAUGAGAUGAGUGCUAAGGAGGAUGUGAUCAUAGCUCUGUUGCUGGACCCUGAAAAUGAUGCGGUCCUACCUGUUGUAACCAGCCUCUUUCCAGGACAGCCCAUCCAGGAUAUUAUUAGCAGCAAGAUUGCGGAGGUUGCCAAAACAAUCUUGGAAAGAAAGCUUCAAGCCUGCCCGUACUCCAACAGCCCAGCUAAACUCAAAUGGCCAGCUGGAGCUCUGGAGGAUGAACCAAAGGAACCAGGUGCUCAGAGUGAAGAUUCCGAGAGAGCCCUGCAGGAUUCAGAGAGCGUCAUCAGCUCUUGUGCCACGGAACAUGAACUGUACAAGCAGAUAGCUGUCUCCAGAAGGACAGUGAGUAAAGUAAGUGAACCUGGCUUGGAGGAGAAAAAGUGAGAAGGCAGGAAAAGUCAGUACAAAAACUGCUCCAGCUUCAUGUAAGAGACAGCACCUGAGUUGCCUGGGUUACAGACACUAAGCUGAGUUUCAAUGGAAAGUAGGUGCAUUUAGACUCCUUUCCUGCUACUUCGGCUCUAAUAAAUAUAUUGCUUCUCUCGCUUCACUU